AUGGGAAACCGCAUCAAAUGCGGCACUGUCCACACGCUUGCGGCGAAAGAAGCAAUCCACGAGCCCCUGCUACCAAGCCAAGAACUCCCGGACAGGCAUUAUGGGAGCCAAGUGGUUGUCGUAGAAGUUUGGGGGAAAGGCAACAUGGUUUCCUUCCUACCAAUCGUGGCCGGCGGUCCAGGAAUAGACGAGGUAGCACAGAGCGGCCGGUGGUAUCUUCCACUGGAGAGCCCAGACCACACUCCGGAGAUUCAAACCAAGGAGCUGAAGUACGGCUGCUCGUCCAACAAGCCGUGGGCCGUGCGAUGGGUGGAUGUGCGGAAGCAGUAUCGCGUUGAGACCGAGUUUCUCCUACCGUAUACGGACUGGAAGAUGUGGGAGUGGGGAUCGACGGCGGCAGAUCUUGCAGCGCCGUUGUCUCUCGAGAACCGUUCGCUGGAGUUACUUCAGUUGUACUACAUGCUGGUUCCUGGAACCUUGGCUUGGCUUCCGACGAAAACUUCGAUUGCGCCGGACUCGGUUAUCUUCCGACAACAGACGAAACUGGACUUCUUCUAUCACCCGGUGUUGAUUGCGGAUUUUGAAGUGUCGACUGGAAUGGCAUCAUUCUACAUCAUUACGACCAUGGGAAACAAGACUGUCCAAGAGGUGAACUCACAGACGCAAACUGAUGGAUUCUUCAACCGCGUGUCAAGACAACAGUAUGUCCUGCUUCAAGACAAAAUCAAAUCCAAGGACCUAGGGUUUGAGGUCAUAACUCCAGGAGUAGGAAAAGGGAUGUACUCGGGACGAUUAACGAAGCAAAGCUUUGUGAAGUUGAUCACCAAGUAUUGCAUAGAGGGGAAGUACCUCAAACUCUUCCGCCCGGACGGUGAUAGUUCAAAGAAGAUAGUACUUGAUGCUGCGUCUUUGGAAAUUCUGAGAGUCCAAGCCGCCAAAGCACAAGAACACCCACUCGGAGUGAUAAUCAGUGGCGAGGGGCGCCCACUUCGGUGGAAGGACUUUGAAGAAGGAUUCGUCUGCUACUUGCCGCCCGUCUUGAGCGAACCGUCAGUCGUGCACGCACAGACCAAAGAGGACAGCAUCAACAUCUUCGGCCUGCCUUGCCUAGUAACGGGUACGGUCAAUGGGAUGGUGAAGAUCCACGUGAUUUGGAACAACGGCCAGGACCCCAUCACGCGGAUCAAUCGUCUUGGUGAGUAUGCCCCGGCAUGUAGCCUUGCCAUUGAUGGAUUUGGAGCCCAACCUCACGAUGAUGCGCCCAUACUCAAGCUCAGGCCGGGGUCUCCGCAAUUCCGUAGCCUUUGCUACGUGAAGGUCGACAAGGAAUACUGGGUUGAGUACACAAACCUUAAAGCUUGGAGCACGGAGCCUAUCCAUCUGGACGCUGGUGAGGUCGAGACCCUCCAAGAAUACCGAGUCCAGAAUCAGUUGUACGGUUCCGACAUGCUUCCGGAGACGAUGAAUGCGCUCCGAGGACAACAUCCCUACAUUCCUGGAUUGGCAAUUUCCAUGUCGUUUGAGGAAGAAGGGAACGUCCCGGAGACGGUCGAGCAUCCAGGAUGGGCAAUGCAGACUCGAACGGCCCAGCAAGGUAGCCUUCAACCACCGUGCCCGCAUGGUCUACAAGCGCACUCUCCGACCCCUUCGAUGCUCUCGGGGUCCACCCAGUAUGCUCCUUUGCCUCGACUAACGUCUGCAGCGCCACCCGCAGGCUCUCCGACGAAGCCAUCUUUACAUGCUCAUGAGCUGUCCAACAGCAUUGACGCAACCCUUACCGAUAGCACCAACGACGACAACGCGGGCGGCCGCCGAAUAUAUAUCGGCAACCUCAUCUACCAAGCAAAAGCAUCAGACGUCCAUGCUCUUUUCACCAAGAACGGCUUCACCGUCAAACGCAUACUGAUGGAUUGGGAUCACGCCGCUGGCCGCAACCCAUCGUUCUGCUUUGUAGAGCUACCGACCCCAGAGGAAGCCAAUCGCGCGAUUGCGACCCUCAAUGGUCGCAUGGUACUGGGUCGGCCGGUCAAGGCGGGGCCUUGUGUUCCGCGGAAGAUAUACCGACGGUCGGAUGUCCGUUUUGGAGGGGAUUUUAGGUAG